GCUCCCCAAGCCCAGGCACUCUGAGGAGGGUUCUCACUGCAUCAGGAAGACCAUGACGUGCUGCGAGGGGUGGACAUCCUGCAAUGGCUUCAGCCUGCUGAUUCUGGUCGUGCUAGGAGUGGUCAUCAACUGUAUACCUCUGGGUAUCAGCUUAGUGGAGGGAGACUCAGCUUCUCAGAACCCCAUCUCUUGCUAUGAGUGGUGGUUCCCAGGAAUUAUAGGAGCAGGCCUGAUGGUCAUCCCGGCAACAACAAUGUCCUUGGCAGCGAGAAAAAGAGCAUGCUGUAAUAACAAGAGCGGGAUGUUUCUUUCAUCGCUCCUGAGUGUGAUCACCAUCGUUGGUGCUGUGUACUGCAUGCUGGUUUCACUCCAGGCUCUCAUGGCAGGACCUCUCAUUUGUAACACACAAGCCAACAGUACCGUUAGUUGUAAAUUUUCAUUGAGAAACUUGAGUAACUUUGAUCCUGAAUCUUUCAACUUGCUGUGGUUCUUCAAUGACACUUGUGUUUCUCCCACCGGGUUAAAGACCACCACCAUCAAUGACCUUGGGAAUAACUGGAGAAUACCCAACUCCGGCUCUGAAGAAGACAGACACAGGAUUUUCCACUUCUCAGUAUUCCUGAGUCUCCUGCUCGUUGGAAUCCUCGAGCUCCUGUUUGGGCUCAGUCAGAUACUCAUUGGUUUCCUUGGCUGUCUGUGUGGUGUCUCUAGGCGAAGGAAUCAAUUUGUAUAGUAGAAAGGGUAAUAAACUAGUAUCAGUACUUUGAAUAAUUUGAAAAUUGCAUUUUAUACAUGCUUUUGUGACUUCAAUAAUGAAGCAUCUUCUGGAACACUGAGUUCCAGUACAAACAACUUAGUGCAAAAAGUUGUUUUUGGAAUCAUCUCUGAUACAACUUUAAAAAAAAAAAAAAAAAAAAAAAGGGCAACUUAUCAAGCUGGGUGAUGGUGGCACAGAUCAGAAUCCCAGCAGUCGGGAGGCAGAGGCUGGUGGAUCUCUGAGUUCAGGCUAACCUGGUCUGUAAAGCAAGUUCCAGGACAGCCAGGGCUACACGGAGAAACUCCUCUGUUGAAAACAAAAACAACAAACAAACCUUUCACAUGUAAAGCAAACUGUACAUGCAGUACAGCUCACUGGGAAAAAGUGGUUGAUACUGGGAAGAAGUAUAGAGAAGCUUUUUUAUUUCUUUUUUUCCUGUGAGUGUUGAAAAACAAUUGUUAGACCUGAUGAUACUUUGAUAGUUUUAGUGUUAAGAAAUAUGUAUUAUAUGUUUAAGAGAGAAGGCCCUGUUUUUAAAAUACUUUACCCCACAAUCUGAAGUGACAAAACAAUGCUGUAUUUAGCUAACAGGCCCAUGGCACUUCAUUUUACUGUAUUUUCUUAUGUUUAUAUCUUGUCAUGAUUUACAGUAAUAGCUUGAAAAAAAUCAGCCAUUUAAAAGCUGGUUUCUAUUUAUGCUGAUCUUUAAAUUGUAUUAAAAUAUUAUGAACAGAGAAAACUAAAAAUUAUAAAUUUCUGAAUGUU